AUUGCCGUCAAAAUGAGUGAAACACCAUCAACCAACUAUUCGGUGGUUCAGCACCACACUUCAGGGAGUGAACAGUCUUUCUCUGCACGUCCUCUCAAUGUCACAGAACCUGUUGUGGCCAAGCGGGUGUGCUUUUACAAGAGUGGAGACCCUCAAUUUAAUGGAGUCAAAAUGGUUGUCAAUAAUCGUUCUUUCAAAUCAUUUGAUGCCUUGCUGGACAACUUGUCAAAAAGAGUACCACUGCCUUUUGGUGUGAGGAACAUCACUACACCACGAGGGAUACACAGCAUCAGUAAUCUGGAAGAGCUUGAAGAUGGAAAGUCAUACAUCUGUUCCCAACAGAGGAAAAUCAAACCCAUUAACUUGGAAAUGGCCAGUAAAAAACCAUUGCCCUGGCAAAACAGCAGGCCAAUCAGUGCCCGCCGAAGGGCUGUGCAGUUAGCUAGAGAAGGGGACCGUAGUAUGUUCCAGAGAGGUAGCACAGUCAAAUUGAGUACUCCUAAGAAGCUGCUGGUUUUCAAAAAUGGCAAUGUAAGAAUUCGGCGUGCAGUUGUCUUAGGGAAGAAAAACACAGAAAACUUUGAGGCCUUUCUGGAACACAUCAGUGAACUUAUGCAGUAUCCGGUCAUGAAAUUAUAUACUACUGAUGGAAGAAAGGUUCCCAACCUUCAAGCUUUGGUCCUAUGUUCUGGAGCAGUUGUGGCAGCAGGGAAAGAACCUUUCAAAGCAGGAAAUUAUGAUCCUCACAGGUAUUCAUUACCUGGAAAACUGCCUGGGGUCACAAAUCGUGUAUAUCCAAGAUCCAAUGCCAAGUCAGAGAGCAGAAAAAUUAUGAAAUGGAAAUUCACAGUUUCUACUGGUGACCAGCCAAUGGCUGGUACCAGCUCACAAGUUUAUAUUGCUUUAUAUGGAGAUCAAGGUAAUUCAAGAGCUAUUUUUGUAGAAGGAGAGGAGAAAAAAGUAUUUGAAAGAGGAAAUACAGAUAUAUUCAUUAUUGACACGGAAGACGUAGGAAACCUCUACAAAAUACGAAUAGGACACAAUAACUCUGGAGAAACUCCUGCUUGGUAUUGCAAAGAGCUGCAAUUGCAGAACCUGGUCACAGAGGAACAGUUCGAUUUCCCUGUUGACAGGUGGCUGGCAGAAAACAAAGAUGAUGGUGAAAUCUGUCAUGAAUGUCCUGUUUUACGACAGGGUCAGCCGGUUCUUCCAGUGGUAGUGUAUGAGCUCCUUGUGGUCACAGGGGAUUUAUGGAAUGCUGGAACAGAUGCUGAUGUCUACAUUGUAGUCUGUGGAAAAAAAGGUGACACAGGAUCCCGACGACUCCUUAAAUCAAAGAAUCCUAGGAAAUAUCUAAAAGGACAAACCGAUAUCUUCUCCCUGGAAGCUGUGCACCUUGGACAUUUACACAAGAUUGUUAUAGGACACAAUGGAAUUGGUGCAGGAAAUGGUUGGUUUCUGGAGAAAAUGGUAGUUAAGGACCCAAUCACUAACUUGGAUUACCAUUUCAUAUGCCACAGGUGGUUAGAUGAAGGAGAAGAUGAUGGCAAAAUUGUCAGAGAACUAUAUGCCAUUGAUAACUACACUUCUGCAAUGCGACAAGAACUGGAAGUCAAAAAAGAAGAAAUGUGGGCUACUGAAAAGUGGAAAUUUCAGAAAGGCAAUAUCCUUCAGUUCUACAACAAGGUGACCCAUGGAUUCAUACGCCUCAGUCAAGAUGGAAUGGUUGAUGCCCUCGGCAGCAAGAAAGACAAACAUGGCAGUUUCGAUGUCACUGUCAAGAAAGGAAACACAUGGAUAUUUAAAUGUCAUCCGAUGCCAAACCUUGCGCUUGCUGUUGCUCAUGGCUCUGUCACUGGGAUGGAUCAUGGUGCUGGCCAUUGUGAGUUAAAAGUUCAUGUUCAGCCUAAUCGCUGCAUAAUUCUGGAAUCUGUCCAGGCCCCAGGGCAAACAGUGGUUUUCAAUCUCCAAGGCAUAGUAGCUGAUGAUACUACAGGCUAUGCAGGAUUGACAAAGGAAUUUGUUGUUCAUGUAAAGGGGGUGUUCCACAAUGGUGCUGUAAUUCUGCUCACUACUAAUUACUGUCAGUCCCUCUGCCUGAGACCUGAUGGGAGCUGCAGUGGAGCAGGAAAUCAAUCUGAUGACUCUUAUUGGAGGAUACAUAAAAUCAGCUCUGGAGUGUGUAUGUUUGAAAACGCAAGAAAACCCAGAAUGUUUCUAAGGAUCAAAGCUGAUCAGUGUGAUGGAAGAGGCACCGGUGAUGUAGACUGCCAUUUUAUAAUAGAGAAGAAUUUAGAAAGUGGAUCAAUAAGCCUGGAAUCUGCACGAAACAGAGGGAUAUAUGUUGGUCUCCUAUCUAAUGGUCACACCAAACCAGUUGUAAAUACUGGAGAAAGCAACAUUUUGUUUUAUCCACAAGUGGUCAAAUUUGGUAGAGAAAAACCAAUGGGAACAUCUGCACCUCCUGCCCAGCAGAAAGAUAUGAUCAAAGAAUCCAGACAGCACAAAACAGGGGGAAUGACAAGUGUUCAAAAGAGUGAGUUGCCCUUUCCUUCAGAUGAAAAAUGGAAAGUAUCAGUAUUAACAGGAAAUUCAGGAACUCAAGCAAAUGUCACUCUGUGGAUAUAUGGAGACAAAGGAUUUGCUGGUCCCAUAACUCUUAACAAGGAAAACAGAGAGCAGCUGUUUCUACCCAGGACUGAAGAUGCAUUUCAGGUUGAAAUCAAAUCCAUUGGAAAGAUCUACAAAAUCAGAAUAGGACAUGAUGCAACAAGCAAACAGCCAGAAUGGAUGUUGGAGAAGGUGACACUACAUCACUUGAAGAGUGGGAAAAUUCUGAAUUUUCCAGCCAAAAAAUGGUUGUCAAGGAACCAUGGAAAUGGAGAUACUGUGUGUGAACUUCCAGUUGUCGAAAAAGGAAAAAUCCUAUACUCAACUUUGAAUUACCAGGUUUAUGUGUACACUGGACAUAUGGAGCAAGCCGAAACUGAUUCCCCAGUUUAUUUGUGCAUCUAUGGAGAAAGAGGUGAUUCUGGUCUAAGGUUUCUUCACAGAUCUAACAAUACCAUAAAAUUCCAGAGAGGAAAGAUUGACAUGUUUGAAAUACAAGCUGUCUCUCUUGGAAAUCUACAGAAAAUGCUGUUGCGCUGCAAGGCAUAUAACAUGUCACGCAAUUGGUACUGUGAGAAAGUAGUCAUCAGAGAACCCGAGAAGAACUCUGAAUAUAUUUUCAUCUGUGAAAGAUGGCUGCCUUAUAUGUCAGAAGGCAUAAUUCAUUCAGAGAUAGAGCUCUUCUGUCAAGAAAUGCAAAUAAACCAUCAGCCAAAAAUGCAAGAGGAGGAAAAUGGAGAAGAUUGGAAAAUCACAGUAGUAACUGGCUCUUUUGAAGCAGCUGGCACAACAGCAACUGUGUCCCUUUACGUUUAUGGAGAAGCCAAGACUUCAGGUCCUUUUAUGCUGGGAUCUGGGGAGAAUCAUCUUUUUGAUCCUUCCAGCAUAGAUACAUUCAAGAUUAAUCUAAAAGAUGUAGGAGAGCUGUAUAAAAUACGGAUUGGCCACAACAACAGUGGACGAGAUCCUAGUUGGUACCUGCAGGAGAUUAGACUUCAGCGAAUAAGCACACCACUAGAGGAAGAAAUAUGUUUAACUGUCAAUGCCUGGCUCUCUGAAGACCAAGGUGAUUUAGAUACUUGGCAAGAAAUACCAGUAAGGAGACAUGGAAAAAAACUGCUACCAGUUGUACUGUAUGAUAUCGCUGUAUACACUGGAUCAAACCCUGGCGCAGAAACACAUUCUAAUAUAUACAUCACCAUCUAUGGAAACAGAGGAGAUUCUGGAAAACGAAAACUUCACAAGUCAAGAUUUAAUAAAAUCAAAUUUCAACGUGGUCAGACUGAUAACUUCUACAUGGCAGCUGUAUCACUGGGGGUUCUGAAUAAAGUUCUCAUUAGUCAUGAUGGAACUGGUCCAGGUAGUGGAUGGUUCCUUGACAAGGUUGUAAUUACAUAUGAAGAGGAGGAAGAAGGUGGAGUGGAAAAAGUAGUGUUUCCCUGUAAUAGAUGGCUAGAUGCAUACCAAGAUGAUGGAAAGACAGAGAGAGAAUUAAUUGAUAUAAAGAAUGGGAGUACAUCACUGGUGGAUACCAAGGGGAAAUGGAGAGUGCGGGUUAAGACUGCCCAUGAUUCCCCGGAGCCUGGAGAGUGUAAGAGAACCCUUGUAAUUUAUGGCUCAAAGGGCAAAAGUGAUGAACUUCUCCUUUCUUCACAAAGCUUGGGAUAUGUGCAUUUUCAACCAGGAGCAACUGAUGAAUUCAUUAUCGAAUCUGGAGACACUGGAGAUGUGUACAAGAUUCGGGUCAGCUGUGAUGAUUUACCAGGCUUUGAGGGCUGGCAUCUGAAGUCUUUUGAAAUGGAAGAGCUAUACACUAAUCGAGUGGUGAACUUUGACUGUAGCUGUUGGUUUUCUCUUAGACGGGAACAUGGAGAGGUAGUAAAAGAAUUCCCUGCAGUGAAUGAGAACCAGAAAACUUUACCAGUGCAUAAAUAUAUCAUCUCGGUGCAUACCGGUGAUCUGUGGGGAGCAGAAACCUUUGCAAACCUUUAUAUAACAGUUUAUGGUGAAAGAGGAGAUACAGGCAUCAGGAAGCUGCAACACUCUCUCACGCCAGGAGAAAAGUUUCAAAGGAACAAGGUUGAUUCAUUUUUAAUAGAAGCUGUCUCUUUGGGCCGCCUAAAGAAAAUAGUUGUAGGGCAUGAUGGAGAAGGAUAUGGAGCUGGAAUAUUCUUGAAAAUGAUAACAAUUAAGAAGUCUGAAAACUCAGAUAAAGAAUGGUUCUUCCUGUGUUGGAACUGGCUAGAUACUCAUAUGGGAAUCUGUGACACAGUCUGUGAGAUUGAAACAAUAGGCAAAAAAAGGAUCUCUUUUUCAACAAAUUCUGAAACCAGCAAACAAUCAUCAGGUUUAUGGAUAAUAGAUAUCAUUGGGUCUGACUUUAGUUCUAAAAGUGAUCCAAUACAUCUUACUUUAAUCUUUUAUGGAAAUCAAGAUCAUAAAAAGUUGGCACUUCAGCUUUCAGAAAAAGAAACACAAAUCAAAGAUGAACUAAAAAAGAUUGGCUCCGUUUACAAGAUUCGGAUUUCGGGUCCACAUGCUCAGCUAAGAGAGCCUUGGCAUUUGGACAUGUUGCAUAUGAAACAUACAAGCACAAAUGAAGAGAUGUGGUUAUAUUUUAACUCUUGGUUCAAACCCAAUGAAGAAAAAUGUAUUGAACUACCAGCAGUCUGUUCCAGUCAGGAUCCUUUACCUGUAGUGGAAUAUUCAAUCCACAUAUAUACCGGAGACAAAAAGAAAGCUGAUUCCAGUGGUGAUGUCUAUCUUUGCCUUCAAGGGGAGAGAGGUGACUCUGGGAAACAACAGCUUAAUAAUUCUGAAAAUGGCCCAAUCACUUUUUGCAGAGGAGAGGUGGAUGUUUUCAGAAUCAAAGCAGUAUACCUUGCGAAGCUGAACCAAGUCCUUGUGGGAUUUAGAAGCUUGAACAAAGAUGAUUGGUUCCUAGAAAAGAUUGUAAUAAAAGAAGAAUGUUACCCUUUCAUCUCAUACACCUUUGUUCACAAUAACUGGAUCAGUAAGCAUUCAAAGAAAGGUUUUACAGAAACUGCAAUUCCACUGCAAGAAGCCAUUGCAAUACCUGGCUCAGUUAAAGAUUUUGGUGCUAGAAGCCAAGGACAGUGGAGAGUGUGGAUGGAUUGUGCCCAUGUUCCAGAAAAAAUGCCUGAUGUAGAAGUGCUUGUAUUUGGAACCAAGGGGAAGUCUCUUCCAAAGAGAGCUAACAGUUUUGAAAAUGAACCAUUUCUUUUGAGUGUUGGUGAUAUUGGCAGCAUAACAAAGAUUUCAUUAAUGUUAUCCAGCCCACAUUUGACUAAAGGAAUCAAACUUUCCAAGCUUCGAAUGAAAGACUUGGAUACUAAAGAAGAGCUGAGCUUUCACCCUUUAAACCAAUGGCUCUUUGAAGAAGAUGGGUCAGAGACUGUGACAGAGCUAGCAGCAGUCAGACCAGAUGUAGCACCACUUAAGGAAGUUAUGUACUCAGUCAGUGUCUACACAGGAACAUUACCUGCAUCAGAAACAGAUGCAGAAAUCUUUAUUACAAUAUUCGGAGAGAAUGGAGACUCUUCCAAAAGAAGACUUAAAAACGUAAAGUCUUGUGCACAUUUUGAAAAGGGUCAGAUGAGUACUUUUAGCAUCCGAGCAUUAGAUCUGGGAAUAUUAAGCAAAGUGCUUGUGGAACAUAAUAGAUAUGGUUACGGAGCUGGCUGGUACCUUGAAAAAAUCAUAAUACAAGAAUUAGGGAAACAUGAUGGCCAGUAUGUAUUCUCGUGUCAGCAAUGGUUGGACAGUGGAGUUGCUGAUGGAAAGAUGAAACAAGAGCUGCAGCUUCUUGGAAAAGUUAGGAGAAAAAAGCCAGUGGGAAACAUUCAUGGAACUUGGGAUGUCAUUGUUUCCACUAGCAAUACUUCAAGCAGUGAUGUGAGCCCUAAAUUGACUAUAACAGCUUGUGAUGACAAAGGUGCCUCUGCUUCAGUCUUGAUUCCCAACGGAUCGUUUAAGGGAGCUGAAACUUAUCAGUCAUCGUUGGAACUAGAUAAGAAGUUUAGUAUGAUAUCCAAAGUUCGCUUGGAAGUGGAAGAUAUAGAUGGGAGAACAUGGCACUGCCGUGAGGUGAAGCUUCACCACACAAAGAGUGAAGAAACUCUAGAAUUUCCCUUUCUGCGGGAUUUUUCAGAUGCUGAAGGUUGUACUGAGCUGCCAGUACUCACAGAUGGAUGCAGUUUUUUAACAGUUAAACAAUAUGUUUUGUAUAUCUCAACGGACUCAUCCUUGGAGUCAGGAACAGACUCAGAUGUGUAUAUCACUUUGAAAGGAUCAAUAGGAGACACAGGAAAGAGGAAAUUACCAAGGAACGAGAAGGACAGCUUUGCCAAGGGGAAGGUGGACAUUUUUCAUGUUGAAGCAGUAGACAUUGGUACUCUGCAUGAGCUUGUUGUUGAAAAAGGAAAAGGCUCUGAUUGGCACCUUGAGAAGAUUCUUGUGAAGGAGCCAGGCUUCACAGGAAGAGAGAUGGUAUUUAUGGCUCAGACAUGGCUGCGAGACAGAACUGAUAGGAAAAGAUGGGCCUCAGUAACGCUGAAUGUUACAGAAAUGCAGGAACAAAGCAUAAGUGCUUCACUGUUACGAAGGCAACAAAUGAGAUCAGAAGGUCCAUGGAAAAUGUAUUUUACCGAAUGUCAUGAAGAUUCAUCAAAAGAAUUUCAAAAGUCUUUGAAAAAUAUUUCCAGACUGAUUGUGGUGUUUUAUGGGGAAAACGGCAAAUCAGAACCAAUUUCCUUGGAAGACAAACAGGAUCAAGCUGAGGACCAAACAACAUACAAUGUACAUUUUCCAUUUGAUCUGGGAAUGCUCUUCAAAAUCAAGCUGGGGCUUCAUAACUUGGGAGAAAACAUAUCCCAAUUGUUUCAUCACUGUAAAAUGCAGAAUGCAGUAACCUUGGAUACUUUUACUCUGUAUAUAAAUAAAACACUUCCUCUUCUUAAUGGAGAGCGAUGGAUUGAGUUCCCUGUAGAGUGGCCAUUAAGGCAACCACUUUCCGUGGUUACGUAUAAUGUGGAACUAUUAUCUAAAAAUGAUUUGAGCAAAAUAAACUCAGUACAUAUGUCUCUGUCUAUAUAUGGAACUAAUGGAGACACUGAAGAUCGAACACUUUCAUUAGAAUCAUCUUCACAAUCUCACAAAGACAAUGACAAUGAGUUGUUUACAGGUCAGAUUCAUGCUGUGGAUCUGGAAGAACUGAACAAAGUCAUACUUCUUAUCAGUACUGAAUCAUCCUGCAAACUAGGAAUUAAAGCCCUGCACAUAAAGAAAGCCCCAGAAAAAGAGCCUGUCUACAUAUUUGAAGUGAAUGAAACAUUCCUUUUGGAUGCUAACAAACCCAAAAUCAAAAAAGAAAUCUCAGUAUCAUUGAUUCAGAAGAAAGAUGAACUGGAAAAUCUCACUGAAUAUACUAUUAAGGUGUACACGGGUGACAAGAGAGGAGCAGGGACAGAUGCAAAUGUUCACAUAAUUCUGUUUGGAGACCUGGAUACAUCUCCAUUAAUUCAACUAAGCAAAUCUCUAGAUCAUCGAGAUCCCUUUGAACGAGGAAAGUUGGACACAUUCAAAAUUAAGACAAAGAAAGUUGGAAGGCUGCGGGAGAUUGAAAUUGGGCACGACAGGAAAGGAUUUGGAAGUCGAUGGUUUCUAGAAAAAGUAGAAAUCACAGAUGUGUCUACAAAUGAAUCAUACUGUUUCAACUGUAGCCGGUGGCUUCCUGAAGAUGAGAGUGAUGGACGCUCUGUAGUGCAACUUUACAUAUAAUUAUGUUGUCUUGAGAAUCCUGUUUCAACAUAUUUCCUUUUCUCCUUCAAAUUGAUUUGGUUCAUUUGUAUUUCCUAAUUGUGAAAGAACUGUUAAUUAUCAUGAAGAAAUAUCAAAACAGUCCAUCACAUUUUAGUACUCCUGUAAGAAUGUUACUGAAAACUGUUAACACUUUUAUCCAAGCAGAAAUAAACUCAUG